UCACGGAUAUUUGAUUAUCCUAUCUAUCUCUCGUCGUUAGUGGCUGUGGCAGCCACACCCACCUUAUCCGCAAUCUCCUAUUUCUCUAAAAUAUAAAGCUAACCUUCUUUUGCUUCUCUCAUACUUGAGUCGACCCACUUUCUGUUGCAUCCUUCAAAACUUAAUUCAUAGCAAAAAGGAAUGGCUACAGCAGCGGCGCCGGCGGUGGUUGCAUGGACAAGAACGGGAGCUGUGUUCAAAUCCGGACAGGCACAGAUGAAAUCGGAGAUGAAAGUUUCUUACGUAAGAGGACUAAAUUCUUACGGUGGUCUCAAGGCACAGAACAACAAGGUUGUCUCUAUGGGAUUACCAGUCUGCACUGAACAGUGCUUUGCUAACGUCGUGAUGUCUCUCAAAGGACGCACAAGUCGUGGAGGAGCCUUGACCUCAACCUGUAACGCAGUCGGAGAGAUUUUCAAGAUUGCUGCAAUCAUGAACGCUCUGACUCUCGUUGGCGUUGCGGUUGGAUUCGUUCUCCUUCGAAUCGAAGCUUCUGUUGAGGAAGCUGAGUAAAUAGAUUGAAGAAUCCUUUUUCUUAUAUUAUAUAUUGUUUUUGUUAAUUGUUAUUGUCAAGCUUCAGUAAACCUGGAUGCAUUAUGUGACAUUUGUUUAUGAUGAAGCUCUUUUGUUCUUAGAAUCCUCACUGAUCAAACGGUUCAAAUGCAAACAUCUGCUUUUAAAUCA